AUGUCGGACCCCAACUCCCCUCACAUCAAGAACCGCGAUACCCCAUCAUGGGGACUCUACCAGCGCGACAACUUCUGGAAAUUAAACGACGGUGAAGUACCUCAAUUCAACACCCACCCCGACAAGCUGGAGCAGCUCGCCAAGGAGAAACUGACCCUGAACGGAUGGUUUUACGCCUCUUCGAACGCAGGCCUCUCCCACACGCACCAGGCAAACCGCCAGGCCUUCUUCCGGCACAAGAUCGUGCCCCGCCAGCUCGUCGACACCAACGAGCGCUCCACCCGCACCACCAUCUUCGGCCACGAGGUCUCGGCGCCCUUCGGCAUCGCCCCGAUCGGCAUCAACAAGAUCUAUCACCCGCAGGGCGAGCUCCCCGUCGCCAAGGUCGCCGGUGAGCUCGGCAUCCCUUACAGCCUGUCCACGGCCGGGUCGUGUCCGAUCGAGGACGUCGCCCGCGCCAACGACGCCGGCCGCGGCUCGGCGAUCGACGCCCUGUCGGCGGACAAGUCCAAGAUCCCGGAGGGCCCGCGGUUCUUUCAGCUGUACAUGCCCCACGACGACGAGCUCACGAUCUCGCUGCUGAAGAGGGCCCACGAGAGCGGGUUCACGGCGUGUAUGCUCACCACGGAUACCUGGCAGCUCGGCUGGCGACAUGACGACGUUGCGACGUCCAACUACGCGUUCUACCGUGGCAUCGGGGCCGAUUUAGGUCUCACGGAUCCGGUCUUCCAGAAAAGGCUCGCUGAGAAGGGCAUUGACCCGAAGAAGCAACCUGAAGAGGCCGCCGCCUUCUGGAUCGAUAAUGUUUGGCACGGCCGCGCGUGGGGUUGGGAGAAGGCGGUCUGGGCGAGGAAGAAGUGGCAGGAGAUCAGCGGAGGCAAGCCGUUCCUGAUCAAGGGAAUCCAGAGGGUCGACGACGCGGAGAAGGCGGCGGAUCUAGGGUUCGAGGGGAUCGUGGUCAGUAAUCAUGCCGGACGCCAGGUUGACGGGGCCAUUGGCAGUCUGGAUGCGCUAGAGAAGAUUGCGGAGAGGGUGGGUGAUCGGAUCGUGGUUACGUUUGACAGCGGGGUAAGGGGUGCAGCGGAUAUCGUCAAGGCGCUUGCGUUGGGGGCCAAAUUUGUGUUUAUUGGGAGACUUUGGAUCUGGGGGUUGAGCAUUAUGGGAGAGCAUGGGGUUAGGCAUGUGCUCAGGGGUUUGCUGGCCGAUCUGGAUAUUUUGAUGAAUGUUGCGGGGAUCAACAGCGUUGCUGAUAUUAACAAGGACUUGCUGGAGUCUUUGCCGAAGUCGUACACGCUCAUCUCUGAGAAAAGCAAGUUGUAG